UUCAUCUGCUUUAGCGGUUCGAAAGUGAUACAAUGUCACAGGCGGCUUUCGGCGAAAUGCCUCCCGAUGACCUAGCCUGCGACAAUGAAUCUUCCACUGGUAUUUCUUCUGGGGGCAUGUAUUCCGACGACGACACGUAUUCCGACGACGACACGUAUUCCGACUCCGUUGAGAAGGAGCAUAAGCCUGGGAAAGCCUUCAGCACUGGUCAUGAUGGCUCUAGGGUCAAGCUCCCUGGGUUUGGCAUUCGAUACAACUACUGGGGCCGUCUGACGCGCCGUGUUUCCGCCGUGGGCAACUGGAAUCACGAUGCCCUCACUAUUCGCGAGCUAUGCAUGCUGGCCUUUGUCAACCAUAUCACUGACAAGCCGGAGUGGACCAGGAAAGUCCACGACGAGUCAAUUGUAGCGAAGUGGAGGAAGGAAGCAAUGGACAUGGAGUGGUGGCGCGCAGGGUUUUAUGACGGAGAUAUGACGGAAGAGAUGCUUGACUAUUGCAUUGCCGAGCUGCGAGACAAGGGUGUGCUUUACGACAACUAUGGCAUGAUUCCAGUGCUGGACUCCUGCUCCUGCGUUUUGAAGUCGGACACGGCUAUCCCUGUGCAACUCAAGAAUGAGCUCAAAAACGCAGUCGCUGCUUUAGAAGCCCUCCCCGAACAGCAUAAGGACUGGCACCCCGGCUCAGAUGGUAAAGUGCUCGACUUGGUACAUCCAUCACUCUAUCCCCUUGUCCACGGUCGCUCUCGCGUUCUGCCAAAUUCUACUGCCGGCCUGGACAACUGUGUCAGGACGAUUGGCAAGGGGCGCAUCAUUCCACCACCUAGCAAGGGCAAACCGUAUUGGUCAAGGGACUACCACUGGUCAGAUCGCUUCCAGUGGCUCCCUUGCGAUGUCUCUUUCCAAGACGGCACUAAUGCGAAGAUCGAGUCGUACAUCAACAACCUUCAUCCAGUCGACCACAGAGACAUAUACAUGGUCAUUGAGAAGAUCAUUACCAAGGCCAUUCCGUUCUGGAACAUCGUCUGUCAGUGUUGGGACUCAACUUUUAAGAAGGGCCGCCUGCGGAGGGAAACUAGGAUAUGUGAUUCGCUGAUGUUUUACGUACGUUGGUCCUACGGGGACGGUUCCGAGGCAGACGAUUCGGACACUGAUCAAGAUGCUCAUUCCGAGACCCACCACUCCAGUCACAUGGAUGUAGACGGAGAUAUUCACUCUGCGACACAUUAUUCUGACUCCGAAGAAGCGAUCAAGCCAGAUGGAAGCGGUUUGGAGCCGGAUGAAGAUGCAUUAUCCGAGGCGAGUUCUGAGAAGCAUGAUGGGCAGAGACCAUCGCCCCGUGAAUAUGAACCCCUCUUCCUUAGAGGGGAAGAUAUCGAAGAUAAGUUUACUUUCCUCGGCGACGGUGAAAGAAAGAUUCAGGUUAUCGUCAAGCUCGCCAACAUCCACCUCACCCCAGAGAAGCCAGAAUACAACGGCGGCACAUGGCACGUAGAAGGUCAAUUGAAUGAACACAUCGUCGCCUCCGCAAUCUACUACUACGACAACCACAACAUCACCGACUCCUAUCUGUCCUUCCGCACAAAAGUCGACCCCGACGGCUUAGAUGAGCGGGAUGUGAAGCAAGACGGUAUCAAGUCCGAGCAAGUCGACUUCGACGGUAUCAGCCGCGCGUUUGGUAUCGAUAACUACGACAGUUUCAUACAGGACGUCGGUUCCAUUCUCACGCGUGAAGACCGACUGAUCGUUUUUCCGAACGGCUUCCAGCACUGUGUCGGCGAAUUCAAGCUCGCGGAUCCGACACAGCCCGGUCAUCGCAAGAUCCUCGCGCUGUUUCUCGUGGCUCCGGACACGCCGAUCUUGUCGACUUCCAAUGUGCCCCCGCAGCAGCGCGAUUGGUGGCGUAGAGAGCUUGUUACGGGCGCGACAAGACUAGGAGAGCUCCCUGCUGAGGUAAUGGAUAUGAUCGCUGACGAGGUCGAGGACUUCCCUAUUGGAAUGGAAGAGGCUAAGAGGAUUCGAGAGCAGCUGAUGGCUGAGAGGACCCAGCUGGAUGAUGAGGUCGACAACAGUGUGCGGUCGUGCCAGUUCAACUUCUGCGAGCACUGAGUCGUGUUCACCAAGCGCUACGGGUGUCGGUCCUAUUCUCUUAGACUGAGCGCAUCCCAUCGACUUGAGCGCACUUGAGACAUGAAAAAUUCCUCCGAAAGGGUCUCCAAGGAGUGGGUGAAGCCGUUGUUGAACGAUGAGUAGCCCCAGAUGGCGCUUGCUAUGCGGUUGUACUGCUUGCUCCUGGCAUUCCGUUUCCAAAGUCUUCCUAUUUCUCCACCUCGCUUGAUAGCUCUUCUUAGCUCUCUAACAUUGCUCCAACAUCGCGCGGGCAAUACUUCAGGUAGAUCUCGAUCCCUUCAAGGUCAAAGAUCGAUGAACGUUCCGGUUUGGAUUGGUUUGCCCUCCCGGUCUUCUCAUUCUGAUCGUCAAAUUCAACUGCAAACAUUCCUUUCCGGUUAUCAUGACUACUCUCUUUCAGAUGCGCUCACUGUUUUCUGCUGAACUGAUGUUGCACUUACGGU